AUGAAAUAUCUACACUUUCUCAUAUUUUGUACCCUUGUUACAAAUGGUGAAGAUGAAGAAAAUGAUUAUAAAGGAUAUAAGGAGACAGAGUUUAAAAUUCUUUUGACUCUAACCGAAACCUACCGUCACCAACACCACCAAAACCCAUCCAUCAUUAUCAUUAAGAUGCAUAAGAGCAUAUCCCCUCAUCAACAACACCCCCCCCUUUCUCCCCAUCUAUCUCUUAUUUUUUGCAGGAUUAUCGGACAGGGUAUACAUGACCUCAUCAGAGACAAAACAAACGAGGCAAGAGACUUUUAUUAUAGGUGCACAAAAGGAGCCGACGGAUUGUACUUUUGUCAGAACACGACCGUCAAGAACACCACCACCUUGUUGUCCUCUUGCGCAACACACACUUGUCAAAAUAACGGAACAUGUCUAGCAGAUAACGUGAGUAAUUCGAAAAAAAAAGACGUUCAGGGUGAUGUAAAAUGCUCUUGUCUUCCUGGAUUUUCUGGCGACAACUGUGAAAUUGAUGAGGAUGAGUGUGAGGAACAUUUUUGUCAAAACGGGGCGGAAUGCGAGAAUCUGAUAGGAAGUUACAAGUGCAAUUGUCUCUCUGGUUUUUCUGGAAGAUACUGUGAAGUGCAGGACAAGAAACAAUGCAUUCAAGAUUUUUGUAUGAACAAUGGGGAAUGUGUGCUUUCCAGUAGCUCAGAAUUGUCUUGCAAAUGUCCAAAUGGGUACGAAGGAGAGCGUUGCGAGCUGAAAAUAAAGGUUAACGACCCGCUAAUCUCGUGCACAUGCGACAACCCGGCUCAUGUUUGUUCAAUCGUAAACGGGUCGACGCAAUGCGAGUGUCCUUCGGGUUUUAUGGGUGCCGACUGUAAAGAGUUGAAAGCUCGUCCAUGCGAUAUUGGUCCAUGCCUUAAUGGGGGUCACUGCGUGGACGACGGUCAGAAUCUUUUCACCUGCUUCUGCUUGCCUCAUUGGACCGGAGUCUAUUGUGGAGAGCCCGUGGAAUGUUUGGUUAAUGGGAAGGAUUGUAGAAAUGGAGGGAAAUGUGUUUUCUUGUUGACCUCUACAAGUUGUGAAUGUCCGGAAGGGUUCACUGGGAACAAUUGUGAGAUUAGUAACUCGUAUCGAUCCCAUCCAACCUGUAGAGAUAUCCGAUGUCAGAACGGAGGUAGAAUUGAAAAACAUUUUGUUCAAAAAUGUAUUUUUGGUAUUACAGGGGCUUGCAAAUUAGACGCAGAGGGUGAACCAUACUGUGACUGUCCCGAAGGUUUUGAUGCUCCAUUUUGUGAGCCAAAGUCAGGAUGCACAAUCAAUCCGUGCCAAAAUGGUGGUACUUGCCAAGACGCAGACGGUCAAUAUUUCUGUCACUGCACUUCUGGAUUCGGUGGCGUUCACUGUGAAACUCUGAAAGAACCAUCUACUCCUAUUCCAACUCUAGGAACUUUCCCAUCUUUUACAACAUCAGGAAUUGACCAAUCCAAUUUAGCUGAAAUCACUUGUGAAGACUGUGUAAACUCAAUUAACUGCCUAGAAACUGAAUCUGGAGCUGUUUGUGUGUGUCAGGAAGAGUAUUUCGGGCAGAAAUGUGAUCAGAAACAUAAUAAAUGUGCAAAGGUUACGUGUCCAGCUGGGCAGUCUUGCAGUCAGAUAAGUGAAAGAUCGAACAUUACUGCUCAAUGUGGCUGUGAAAUCGGUCAUUCCGGGUUGAAAUGUGACAUGGUCACCUCUGCAACAUUCACCGCUAAAAGUCUCUAUAUCCAUCAGAGCUCUAAAUUCUCCCUGGGAACAUCUUCAUUCGAAAAUGUCGCCUAUGAACUGGAAUUCUCCUUCCGGACUACUGUAGAGAACACUCAUUUGGCUAGCAGUGAGAAUAUUCUGGGCGAGAAAAUUCUGUCAAUUCAAUUAUUGUCUGGAUACCUUGUUUUCAAUGUCACCGGAAAUUUCAUGACACACCUGCUGCCUAUGAAAAUUAAUGACGCUCAUUGGUACACAGUUUCGGUUAAAGGAGAUAAUGAUAAAAUCGAAAUUCAAGUUCUCAAUGAAAACGGAUUCAAACUCGUUAGAAAAGAGCUCAACGGACAGUUGGAAGUGUUUUUGACGCGAUUUGGAAAGAUCUCCGGAGCUCAUCAUUUUAUUGGCUGUAUGGCUGAUGUACGCGUUGAUGGAGAGCUCAUAAUUUUCACGGAUAGCAAAAGGGCAAUAGAAAUCAGAAAAGGGUGCACAAGAAGUGAACAAUGCUCACGAGCCUAUUGUCAAAAUGACGGAGUCUGUGUGGAUCACUGGGAGAGCUCAAGUUGCAAGUGUAAAUCACCGUUUCUCAAACCCAACUGCGCAUAUUUCCUACCAAAAACCACGUUUGGCCAUUUGGAUCAAUCAUCAAUUGUGCAUUUGAGCACAAGCGAAACGGAAAACCAUCUGCUUCGCAACCAAAUCGAGUUGAGUUUUCUAAUGCGUUCCGGAAAACCCGACGCCGUUCUGUUCUAUAUUGGCGAGAAGCACGCAGCAGAUGUUUUGACUAAUUAUCUCGUUGUGAAGAUUGCCAGUGGUCUAAUUUCGGUUCGAUACCGUACUGGAGGGCGGCGAGAAGUUGAGUUCACUAGUAAGAAUCGCGUAGAUGAUAAUGAAGAGCAUCAUGUACAAAUUUUGGUGGAUAAGAAUAGAAGACAGAUUAUUAUCGACGAUUUAACGGAAUGUUCGGAACCAAUUAUCUCGCGCAUGUCACAAGAAUUCUACGUAGAUGACAUUCUGAUUGGCGCAUCGAAUGCUGUUGCAACAGACUCGGAAUUCUACAAAGGUUACCUGCAAGAUAUUCAGCUCAAUCAAAAAUCGGUGGUCAUCCAUCCAACAUCACUGGCUAUUGAGAAAAUUGGAAAGUUGGAGAAGACUCAGAAUGUUAUUGAGGGCGCUGUUUCCGAUCCAAUGUGUAAUAGCAACGUUUGCAAGCACGGUGAAUGCUCCGAGACUUUUAACGAUUACACCUGCCACUGCUCCGAUGGUUCCACUGGUCGCCACUGUGACAAAAUUGAUUACUGUAGAGAAGCGAAAUGUAUGGAAGGCUCGAAAUGUGAAAAUGCAGAAAAUGGACACUUUUGUGUUUUCCCAAUCACAUCUUCCAAUGGAAGCAAGUUGACCUACUCCAUUGAACCAAAAUCUAUUUUGAGUGUACCAAGUGUCAAGUUUUCCAUUAGGUCCCACUCAUCAAAUGGUCAUAUCUUCACUUUGAAUAUCGGGAAGCUUACCGUAUCCGCUAUGAUUUUUAAGCGACGGUUGGUACUAGUCUCAAACUCACAGAAUCAAAAGUUCGAUAACGUAAUCGCCGAUGGCAAAUGGCAUAACAUCAUUUUAAACCCCUACAAGGUUACCAUAGAUGGAAAAAGCUACAUCUCCACCACUCUAUUAUUCCCAUCUGAAAGCAAAAAUGAGGCGUCGCUGUUCAUCGGAGAACAAGGACAAAAUGUGAUAUUUGCCUGUUUAGAUGAUUUCCAACUUGGAAGCUAUCCGAAAUUAUCAUUCACCAAGGCCAAGAUUCCAACUAGCGCUGAAAAUUGGAUUUUGACUGAAAAGACAGAGGUCGGAACCGGAUGCACGUCUUCAGAGCAGUGUGGAUUGUUCUCCACUUGUCUUAAUGGAGGAAUAUGUGUUGAUAUUUGGAAUAAGAGAAAAUGCACAUGUCCCAUUGGAUUCACUGGUGAGAAUUGUGAGGAAAAUGUCAACGAUUGCAAGUACGUGGACUGCGGGAAAAAUGGUUACUGUUUGGAUGGAAUUGAUGAUGCAAAAUGUAUCUGUAACAAUGGAUUUUCUGGAGAACAUUGUGAACAUGCGAAUGAUGAAUGUGAGGGAACAGAAUGUCACAAUGGUGGAAAAUGUGUGAAAAAUGGAGAAAAGGUCACAUGUAAGUGUGAGAAACAGUGGAUGGGAGAUUACUGUAACGUGACGAUGACAGAAAGUUGUAAAGAUUCGCCAUGUCAGAAUUUUGGACAGUGUAUGCAGAAGACAGAUAGUUCAUUUGAAUGCAAUUGUAUGGACGGCUACUCUGGCCAACUUUGUGAACAACGCAAUGUCAACGAAUGCAAUCACUACGAUUGUAAUCGUGGCCACUGCGUCAUGACCGUCAGUGGACCCGCUUGCCAAUGUGAACUCGGCUACACUGGUCGAUUCUGUGAGAAGCUUCUCAACCACUGCUCAAGCAACACAUGUAGCUCUCGAGGCACUUGCUCUCCAGUUUGGAACAAUACAGUUUGCGCGUGCGACAAUAACUGGAGAGGGUCCCAUUGUCAAUACCAAACGAACGCAUGUUUGGACUUCCCGUGUGGUAACGACGGUGUGUGCCGAACAAAUGAAGGGAACACCUUUACUUGUGAAUGUCAAAAGUUCUUCAUGGGAACACGAUGCGAGAUCGAGGGAAGUUGUUUGAAAGCGAAUUGUGUGCAUGGAGAAUGCAUUCAAUUAUCACCGGAAAGACACUCAUGCAGCUGUAAUAUCGGAUAUGAAGGCGAUUCUUGUGAUGUAAGUGUGUGGGGGUGUCACCGCAUCGACUACUGUAAAGCUGAACCAUGCAUGAACGGUGCAAGUUGUGAAAACAAGCUGACCGGAUACAAAUGCUCAUGCUCUGUUGGCUUCGAGGGUGCAGAUUGUGAAAUUAACAUCGAUGAGUGUGCACUGGGAUACUGUAAGAAUGGCGCGAAGUGUCGUGACAAGAUUAAUGAUUAUGAAUGUGUUUGCGAUGGAACAGGAUAUGAAGGACGAAACUGCACCACUGACAUCAAUGAAUGCGAAAAUCCAAAUAAUUGCAUCAAUGGAGAAUGUUCCAACACCCUUGGCGGCUACAAGUGCACUUGUAAAAAUGGUUUCAUUGGUCCUCGCUGCUCGAUGCGUAAUCCAUGCACCGCUCUAAUUGCAUCGAACAACAUUUCCAGCGUCACAUGUGUGCAUGGAAAAUGUGUGAAUCCUGUGGUUCAUAUUGACAAGAAUCGAGAGGUGGCAAAAUACGAGUGCGCGUGUGACCGAGGCUAUACUGGACCGACUUGUUCACAAAGAAUCAAAGAGUCAGCAAUGUCGAACAUUAGCUAUUUGUUCGGACCAAUUAUUGCCGUUGUCAUCGUCUUUGCCAUUCUGGGCUGUCUUCUUCUCUUCUUUGUGAUUCGGGGCAACAAUGCAAUGCAUGGCCAUUACAGUCCAAGUUCACACGAGUUUACACAGAAUCGAAUGGCGAUGCCAACAGUGAUCAAGCUCCCACCUCAGGAACGUCUUAUCUGA